AUGGCUUCCGAAGUGAGCCUGGGCUCUCCCCAAAAGAUCUCCACGGGCAAGCAAGGCAGGGUUGAGCUCCAGCCGCCCUCCCACACUUGGAUCUCCUGGUGCAUCCUCUUGGCCUACCUUGCUGUUUUUGUUGAGGGCGUCGCCCUCCUGGCAAAUGACCACUACGGCCCCGAGAUUUUACCACGUGUCAGCGCUGCUCAGUUUCACCUAUGCAGCAUUUAUGUGCUUGAGGUAGCGAUCGCCUUGGGCCCUGGCUGGUGUGCGAUGUCACCCGGCUGGACGUCUGGCGAGCUCAUUGCACACCACGUGCCAUACACCUUCACGGUGAUGCUGUGCUUUGCUCUGAACCAGCAGCACAAGUGGACUUUGCCGCUCGUGGUGGUCCUUCUGACGCCCUUGAACGAGGGCCUCUUCAUCGCCAACAGCCUGGGAGCUCCAGGAACCCAGAGAGCCGUCAGACGGGCCUACGGAUUCUCGGUGAUUGUACUCCUGAUCGCCACCGAGAUCAGGACUUGGAUAAAAGUGAUGCAGCAACAUUGGGAAAGCCUACCAAUUGUACUAGCAGGAAUCGUCCCUACCCGCCGACAGUGCCUUAUUGAUGUUGUGUCUCGACCAACUGGUUUUCCCUGCCAUCUACUACCACUUCAAGCUGCUUCGCGGCUGCAGGGAAUCAAUGAUCCUCGACGAUGUUGCAUUUGA